UCUCCAACACUUCUCCCCACUGCUGCCGCUACAGUAUGUCUCUGUUGUAGCCAAAGUAGCUUUUGCUGAACCGAUCCACCGCAGUGCCUGGGACCUACUGAGUGGAGGAGAGAGAGGGGGAUUCGGAGGAUGGGUAAGGGGGCUUGAGGGUAAACACACCGAAGAGAGAGAGGGAGGGAAUAGUGAGAAAGACCAAAAAUCCACCAAGCCUCCCUGGUGUGAGGUUUCUUGGCUACUGACGUGUGCGCACGACUCUCGUGGCAGGAUGAGUUCGUGCAGCAGCCGUGCGUUGACCAUCCUGUCCACAGUGUUCGGAGCCUGCGGGCUGCUGCUGGUGGGGGUGGCAGUGUCCACCGACUACUGGCUGAUCAUGGUGGAGGGCAUCAUCCUGCAGCAGAACCAGAGCAUGGAGGUGAAGAUGGCGCUGCACUCAGGCCUCUGGAGGGUUUGCUUCGUGGCCGGGGCAGAAAAUGGGAGAUGUGUUGCGUCAGAGUAUUUCACCGAACCCGAUAUAGAGAUAACCACUGAAAACACAGCGAACAUCCUCAAGAUGGUGCGUACAGCCACACCCUUUCCGAUGGUGUCGCUGCUCUUCGUCUUCACCGCCUUCGUCAUCAGUAACAUCGGACACAUCCGGCCUCAGCGCACCAUCCUGGCCUUUGUUUCCGGCAUCUUCUUCAUCCUCUCAGGCCUGAGUCUGGUGGUGGGCCUGGUGCUCUACAUCUCCAGCAUUAACGACGAGGUGAUGAACCGGCCCAGAGAGCCCGAGCAGUUCUUCAAUUACUACUACGGCUGGUCCUUCGCCUUCGCUGCCUCCUCCUUCCUGCUCAAAGAGGGGGCCGGGGUGCUGUCAGUCUACCUGUUUAUGAAGCGUUACGCCGAGGAGGAGAUGUACCGCCCCCACCCUGCGCUCUACCAUCCCCGCCUGUCCGACAGCAGUGACUACAGUGGCCAGUUCCUCCACCCAGAAUCCUCCUGGCCGCCCCCAAAGCGCGGCCGCAGCACCUCCGAGGCCUCCAGUGACAUCUCCAUCCAGCUCAACCAGGCGCCACCGGUUCCGACCAAGAACAAGCUUCAAACGGGCGCCAUGGGAAGCCCCCCCUCCGGCUCCUCCUCUGCAGGGAGCUACCCUCAGUCUGCCGGUUACCCCUCCACACACACGCUGCCCAGGUCACACUCCUCACAUCCCCAGGGUCAGGCCCUUCCCAUGCCCCCAUCACCUGUGCCUCCUCCUCACUAUCAUGCACACAUGCAGAUGAGCGCCUCCCCCUGUUAGGAAGAGGGCGCACUGUGGAGGUAAGGAGAGACACAGACUCCUCAUAUUCAUGUAUGCUGUACAUUUAGAUGUGGAACAGACGAAACACUGAGCUUGGAUCAUGUGAGGCGAAGAGGAGAGAAAAUGUAGCUUUAGAACAACGUGAAGACAAAGGAGAUUGCACAGAUUAUAAAAGGAAGAUUUUACAGAAAGGGCCGAUGAAUGAAUCAAGGAAUUCAGAUUUACAGAAGGAAAAAGAGACAAAGGACUGUAGAGGUGAGGUUGAGCGACAGAGUAGAUGCAGGCGAGGCAGAGCGAGGCAGGGAGAGAGCGAGGAGCUGCAGUAAAAUACGAAGAUGCUGCAGUGCUGCGGGAAAUUUGUAUGCACUUGGAAAUGUACAAUGUAAAGCACUGAUCACAGAGACUGAGGAUGCACAUAGUUUUAUACAUACGUAAUUCAUAAAAGUAAGCGGACUGCGUACCUUUUUUCUAAAAGGUAAAUGUGAAUAAAUAUAUUCUUGUCUUCUAUGAAUUUCUUACAUCAUCAAUCCAGUUUCAUAACUCACAAUGUCAAAGCAGUAUUAUAAUAUUAUUAUAAAUCAAGAGAUAUUAGUUACAAUAUAGAGUCAUUCUGACAUGAGAACACUAUAAGUGGAUGUUGUUGAUAUUUGUAAACAAGGGAUGGUCAAAAAUAUCACGAGGACAAAUCGAUUUUAUGUUUUUACAUAUUUGUUUAAGAAACAAAGUUGGGACUUCUUGAACAUUAAAGUGCACACGAGGACGCCCGUACAGAUGUUGUAAAUUAUAAAUAAAGCUUUGACCGAAGUCCCACCUGGAGAAUAUCUGACUCAUUCUGCAUCGGACGAAGACGAACUACAGCCGACAUCAGAUACUGUACACGUCAAGGCUGGUUUCACGCAGGGACCACUCCACAGUGAUACAGGGGUCUAAUGCCCUCUACUGGUCACUGCUCGGCACUGACCCCGGACCAGAUGUGGGCCCAGUUCACAUCUGGAGCUGCUGUUUGUCCAGAUGUGGAGUUGCAGCGAAUGUCGUGGGGCAACGAGACGUUUUGAGCAUGUGACAGAGACAUGUGCGUUUUACAGAGCAAUUCAAAGUAUUUUUUAAACUUCAAACGCUGUGUAUAUAAAUAUAUAUAUAUAUGGAAAACUCACAUUAUGAAAGUAUAAAUUUCAUUUGCUCUUGCUGCUCAGAGGACGAUACCACUGUUUGUGACAUGCAAGGUCCUCCAGCUUUAACAUUACAAGUGAUGGCCACUGCUGUAUCCCAACAUAUUUGGUUGAGUGCAUCAUACUAUAUAUUCUUAGAGCGUAAAAAUAAAUGGCAUUGAUGGAAAUGUUAUCCUGAGCCGUCUUGUGUUUAGGACGGCAGCAUUUGAUUCUCUUUGUAAAAGAGCUUAUCUGCCAAUUUAUUAUUUUGUGGGCAGCACUUCCUCCAUUGAACAUUUAUAACAGGUUAUUAUCAUUUAAUAAAUAAUCUAGUGUGGUUCAUAUUCACAUAUUUGGCAACAUCUGUAACUCUACCUGUCAGCACCUUUAAGAGGAGGCUGGUGAACAAACAGAUAAUGAAUGACAAUAUAAUAAAACAGUUUGAUAGCACGAUUGAAGCUAUAAUUGUUGACAAAUAUUAUGUGUUAAUUGAUAAUUAAUUUGUAAUUAAUUCACUCAAAAUAAAUGGCUGAAAAUGUCUUUAUAGCUGCUUACAACUGCUGUACAGUGUGUUAGACAAUAUUUAUUAAAUGUUGGUAUGCUGUUUAUAAAUUGAAGGAGCGUGAAAUCAUUUUUGAAAUGGCACAAAGUAGUGGAAAAACAAUGCAUUACUCUUUUCUGAAAAGAUAAAAUGGUUCUUCCAUAGAUUGACUUCCUGUAUGGUGGCAUUUCCUCCAUACACCACUAGGUGACAGCCUAUAUCACAGGACAUUACAGAGGCCAGUGGUCUGUGAUAUAUGUUGAGCCACCUAUGACAUGUUAUAAAGGCCUUUCAGCCAAACAAGCCUGUGUUAUUGUUUUAGUUCUGUGGUUUAUUUCUCUGGAGAAUUGUGGUAAUGCUCCGACAAAGCUGCUCAAACACAAACUUCCUAGAAACGAGGGACCUGCAUGUCAGAAACAACGGUGUUUUACUUUAGAAUAUUCAUAUUUAGUUCAUGUGUUUGUUUAAGGCACAUCAUACAUAUAGAGAUAUGUAGACAUGAGAUAUCUCUGUAAUGAGAAUCGAACCACAGUGUCGUUGUGUAAUGGCUGGUUUUCAUUAUCACUGUGAUGCUUGAGAGAGGGAGACACACUGAUGUCUGACAGAUGAUGUGUGUGAAGAUGUGAGCUCGUUAAAAUAUCAUUGUGUUGUUCUGCAGACCUUUGUUAAUUAUGAACAUGUUUUUAAACACCCUCCUGCUUUUUGUUUAUGUGGUUGCACAAAUCCAUACCGAGGUGAUGUCUAGUGUUGCUGCAGCCUUCUGCUGUAGCUUCUGCUCUUACAGUCGGGGGGGUAAAGUGCCUUGCUCAAGGGCAUCUCAGCCGAAGCUGCUGAAGAAGAUAAAACUAUAUCCCUUUCUAGAUUUUACCAGCCAUUAGGCAUCGAAACCUCUUAUUAGUCCACCGCUCUAACCUUUAGACCCCUGACCUUUGUGACUGUGGGCAGCUGAGCAACAUUUCUGUUCUCACGAUUUGUUCUUUCACACAUAACUUCCCUUUAUGAUGUUAGGAACUAUUCACUGAUUAUUUGGUGCCUGUUAAACUGCAGCAGGUAUUUUCUUUUUCAUCUCUGUACCUCUUUGUUUUUCCCUCUCAGCCUCCAGCCCUCUUCUUCCUUUGCCCCUAUAAGGGUGUAGCCGUGCACGUUUCUGCAGAAAGACCAAGUCUUCUUGCACAUGAAAAGAAAAAAAUGUUUUUCAAUGCUUCAAUGCUGUAUAAUCUGGGUUAUAGGAGACAUGAUUCAGUAGAAGUUGUAAUAAGAUCACUUGUUGUUGAAAGUGUUGACUCACUUUCCUCACUUUUCUCUGAUAUUAUUGAAUUAAACUUUAACAUGGAUUAAUUUCA